UCACUUCUCAUCUGCUCAAGAUCCAGCUGUGUCCUGCCACAGGAAAAUAAUCUCAGAACCGGACAGGAAGCCCCGCUCCCCGCGUCCCCGGCUCUCCCCGGCGGCAGGUGCGUGCCCACCCUCCGUGCCGGCCGCCGCUGCCCCGCUCCCCCUCCGCCCUCCCGGCGCCGGAGGGAGCGAGACGGAAAGUGUGGGAGCGCAUAGCAACAGGGUCCGGCAUGAAGCAGGUUCGGCAGCAGCAUCUCCGGAAGCCAGUGCCACCAGGUCUCCUGGUAAGCCCCAGCAGCCAGGAUGGGGAGCUGGGCUCCGAGUGCCCCGAGGACAGAGGGAACUGGACAGGGCGGCUGGAUUUCCUCCUCUCCUGCAUCGGGUACUGCGUGGGCCUUGGAAACGUCUGGAGGUUCCCCUACAGGGCUUACACCAAUGGAGGAGGAGCUUUCUUGAUUCCUUACUUCAUCAUGCUGGCUAUCUGUGGGAUCCCCAUCUUCUUCAUGGAGCUGUCACUUGGCCAGUUCUCCAGCCUGGGGCCACUCGCAGUCUGGAAGAUCAGCCCCCUCUUUAAAGGCGUUGGCAUGGGCACGAUCCUCAUCGUCUCCCUGGUGGCCAUUUACUACAAUAUGAUCAUUGCUUACGUUCUCUUCUACCUCUUUGCAUCCCUCACAAGCGACUUGCCCUGGCAGCACUGUGGCAACUGGUGGAACACUGACCUGUGCCUGGACCACCACGUCCUCAGGGCGGGGAACAGCUCCCUCCCCGUCAACAUCAGCAACACCGUCAGCCCCAGCGAGGAGUACUGGAGCCGGUAUGUCCUGCACAUCCAAGGAAGCUCGGGGAUUGGGGAUCCUGGGAGGAUCCGCUGGAACUUGUGUCUGUGCCUGCUCCUCUCUUGGACUAUUGUUUAUCUGUGCAUCCUUAAAGGAGUCAAAUCCUCUGGCAAGGUCGUGUACUUCACUGCCACCUUCCCGUACCUCAUCCUGGUGAUGCUGCUCAUUCGUGGCGUGACCCUGGAGGGGGCCUGGAAGGGGAUCCAGUUUUACCUCACACCCCAGUUUGAUCACUUGCUGUCCUCCAAGGUGUGGAUCGAGGCAGCCCUGCAGAUUUUCUACUCCCUUGGGGUGGGCUUUGGGGGCCUCCUCACCUUCGCCUCGUACAACACCUUCCAUCAGAAUAUCUACAGGGACACCUUCAUAGUGACCCUGGGCAAUGCCAUCACCAGCAUCCUGGCGGGGUUUGCCAUCUUCUCUGUUUUGGGAUACAUGUCCCAGGAGCUGGGGGUCCCUGUUAACCAGGUGGCAAAAGCAGGUCCUGGUCUGGCUUUUGUGGUGUACCCCCAGGCCAUGACAAUGCUCCCCCUUUCUCCAUUCUGGUCAUUCCUGUUCUUCUUCAUGCUGUUAACCUUGGGCCUGGACAGCCAGUUUGCAUUCAUGGAGACCAUCGUCACGGCAGUGACAGACGAAUUCCCCUACUACCUGCGGCCCAAGAAAGCUUCCUUCUCAGCUGCCAUCUGCAUCGCCCUCUUCCUCAUGGGGCUCAUCCUCACCACAGAGGGUGGGAUGUACUGGCUGGUCCUGCUGGAUGACUACAGUGCUGGCUUUGGUCUCAUGGUGGUGGUGAUCACCACCUGCCUUGUGGUGACACGUGUCUAUGGCAUGAAGAGGUUCUGCCGAGAUAUCCACAUGAUGCUGGGAUUCAAACCAGGCCCCUACUUCAGAGCUUGCUGGAUGGUCCUGUCCCCAGCAACGAUGAUGGCUCUGCUGGUGUAUAACAUUGUCAAGUACCAGCCUUCUGAGUAUGGCAGCUACCGCUUCCCCAGCUGGGCAGAGGUCUUGGGCAUCCUCAUGGGAGUCCUCUCCUGCCUGAUGAUUCCUAUGGGCAUGGUGGUGGCUGUGCUCCAAGAAGAAGGGACGCUGUGGGAGGUAGGAGGUACUGGGGCUGACACUGCUGGGGAGCACCCCAGAAAUAUGCAGCAGGGAGCACAAGCCCCUGCCAAGUCAGUAUCCCUGGAGGUUUCUGUAUCCUCUCUCCUGGAGGCAUGUGUCCCCAUUCCCCCUUGCCACCCACGGGGUGUGAGAGAUGACACAUCCCAAAGCAUUUCCAGUAGUGCUGCUUCCCAUGAUGCCAGGCAAGUACUGAGUCAAACAGCUUCCCAAGGGGCAGCCCAGUGUGCACUCCCACUCCAAAACAAGCCUGCUGUGCCCUGUGAGGAAGCACAUUGUCCCCACUGUGGGGUGGCCAUGGGCACCUGGGACUUUGCACCCACUUGGCAAGAGCAAUGCCACAGCAAGGCAGGCAGCUGCCAGACUGUGCAGGCAGCCCAGAUGGGAUCCCUGCCCUGAAAGGCUUCUCCUAGGAGCAGGUUACAGAGCUGCUGGCUGCUCACAGCUUUCCCAGCCCUUCACUGCUCUGUUAAAAGCAGAGGAGCAGAGCUUGAUGCCCUCUCCAGGUAGCAAUCCCCUGCUGGAGCACUUGCUGGCUGUAACCUGGCUUGACACAGCCAUGGGCACUGUGACAUGGCCAGGAGCCACCUUGGCCAGGGCUAACCCCUUGUCUGAGUGGCUCUACCCCACAGCACAGGGCUGCAGCCCUACAAAAGCCCCUCACUCCUCCAAGCCCUCACCACCAUGACACCUCCCCAGCCCACAGCAAGACACUUAGACAGAACCACCUCUCCAAAAGUUUUCAGGACAAGUUUUUACCCCGUCCCAUCCUCACUGGGGGUUCCUUCAGUCCCUGUGGGCCAGCAGGGCCCUGGCGGUGGUGGCUGAGCUGAGGGUGGGGUGCUGCUGGGGAGCGGAGGGUGCAGGGUGCCUGUGCUCUGCCUGUCCCCCACAGCGGCUCCAGCAGGCCAGCAGGCCGGCCAUGGACUGGGGCCCGUCCCUGGAGGAGAACCGCAGCGGCAUGUACGUGGCCAGCCUGGCUGGCAGCCAGUCCCCCAAACCCCUGAUGGUGCACAUGAGGAGAUACGGGGGCAUCAC